AUGACUGAGCGCUUAUCCACGUGGGAUCCAAAGGAUCUAGAAAAGCGUGGCGUUCCUACAAAAGAACUGAUCAACGUAUAUCGGCGAUGGGGGGAGGGCGGAUUUGGUGUAAUUCUGACGGGCAAUACAAUGAUCGACUUUGACCAACUCGAAGCUGCCGGAAAUCCUAUCAUACCAAGAGCAGCCCCAUUCUCUGGAGAACGCUUUGAGGCAUUCAAGGAGCUCGCAGCUGUUUCGAAGAAACAUGGAAGCCUGAUUGUGUGUCAAGUGAGCCAUCCAGGUCGACAGGUUGCUGGCAAUAUCAAUCCACACCCUAUCUCUGCAAGUGACGUGCAGCUUGAGGGUGAGAUUAUGGGGAUGACGUUCGAAAAGCCAAGACCAAUGGAAAGAAAGGACUUUGAUGCAGUCGUUGAUGGAUUUGCCCAUGCGGCUGAGUAUUGUUACAAAGCAGGGUUCGAUGGUGUUCAGCUACAUGGAGCACAUGGCUACCUCCUGGCUCAGUUCCUGGCUCCAUCUACGAACAAGCGCACUGACGAGUACGGCGGAUCAGUGCUCAACCGUGCUCGGAUCAUUUUUGAUAUCAUUGAGGCCAUUCGAGAACGCGUUCCGGACAAGUCUUUCAGUGUCGGCAUCAAGCUGAACAGUGUUGAAUUCCAAGACGGUGGCUUCUCCACAGAUGACUGCAAACAGCUGUGUGCUGAACUUGAAAAGCGACACAUCGAUUUUGUCGAGCUUUCCGGCGGUACGUACGAGGAGUUGGCGUUCUCGCACAAGAAGGACUCAACCAAAAAGCGCGAGGCCUUCUUUUUGGAUUUUGCAGACAAGAUCAUUCCCGAGCUGAAGAAAACCAAGGCAUAUGUCACCGGUGGCCUGCGAACUGCAGGUGCUAUGGUCAAAGCUCUUAACACUGUUCACGGCAUCGGUCUGGCUCGUCCAGUAUGCCACGAAUUUAACUUGCCUCAGAAGAUCAUAGACGGCAAGGUGGAGAGUGCCAUCCAAUACAAGCUAGAUGAGCAAGACUUUGGGCUCACUAAUAUUGCAGCGGGGACGCAGUAA